AUAUAUAUAGUGUGUGUGUGUGCAUACAGUCAGAAAGAAGCGUACGUGAUUGAUUGACCAACCGAUUAGAGAUUUCCUCAGGCCUGUUUAAUGUUUCGUCAGGAUUUAAAGUCACUCCCGCUCAGAUUCACUUUGUGUUAACCUAUGCUCAUACACAAAAUGACAGUUAUGCCUAAAAAGACGUGUGAACGACUUUUGACUUUCUGUUGCAAAGCAAUAUAUCGGUCCCGCUUAAAGUCUCGCGAGAUUUCCACUUCGGCAACUCAUGCUCAGUGUCCUUUUAAAUCCCUCCAAAUGCAGCCGGUGAUGUCAGACGCCAGACCAGAAGGCUUCACAGCGGAACAGGAAAUGAUUGAGAUUAUACCGGAAGUGCCACGGCUAUCAGAGGCUAAGCCUUUUCACGAGAUGCCCGGGCCCAAAGGUCUUAGAAAUGUACCCGUCAUAGGAAACAGAUUUCACUACGCUCCUUAUACUAAACACAAGAUGGAGUCGGUGGUAGAAAUGCGGAAAGAAUAUAUGGAAAAAUACGGGAAGGUGUAUCGUGAAGUGUUGGGCCUUGGAUGGGUCGUGCAUAUUCAUGACCCGGUAGAUGUCGCUACUAUGUUCAGCGUGGAGGGCAAAUAUCCACAAAGAGGCUUUCCUAGUAUAUUUGAAGUUUACGACCGACGGGAAAUCGGCCAAAUAGGGAUGGGAUCACUAAUCGGAGAGGAAUGGGGACGGAUGAGAAAGGCGGUUCAGCAAAAGCUCAUGAGGCCACAGCACAUGAGGUAUUUUGUCACCAGAAUGGACCGAGUGGCUCAAGAUUUCAUCAAUAAGAUCGAACAAAUUGCUGAUUCCGAAGGGAACGUCCACAACAUGCGGGAUGAACUGCAGAAAUACGCUGUUGAAGAAAUCAGUGCAGUAUUAUUUAAUCACCGAUUCGGGUGCAUGAAUGGCGAACUUGUCAAAGGGUCGGAAGCGGACUUACUUAUCCAGGCAACAGACGAGUUAUUCAAAGAAUUUGCGCUCAGCACUCGUGUCUUUCCUUGGUUCAUGCUCUUCAGGUCGAGUCUUUACAAACGAUUUAAAAAAGCUGGAGACACUAUUCAUAGUAUAGGCUGGAAGUAUAUGUUAAAGGCAAUGGAAGUGGCAAUAGAAAAGAGAAAAAAUGGAUCUAAUCCUGAAGACGAGUCGGACUUUAUCACAGCUUUACUACAAGAUGAAAAUUUAAAUCUGGAUUACGUCACGACUAUUGCCAUGGAUAUGUUCCGCGGAGCCGUAGAAUCGACGAGCAACACGCUGACGUUUUUCCUACAUACAAUAAGCCGUAACCCUGAAAAACAAGAACGUCUGCAUGAAGAGAUCAACCGGCUCUUGCCCAACCGAACCCCGCUUUCUCCCGCAGUGUUGGACCAUAUGCCGUACCUCAAAGCCUGCUGGAAGGAAUCAUUCCGGUAUAUAUUUCCACUUCCGGCCGGCGCGCCGCGCUUGCUCACUAAAGAUGCUGUCAUGGGAGGUUACCAUGUGCCCAAAGGAACACCUGUUUUCCCGGAGAAUGCUGUAAUGUGCCGGAUGGAAGAGUACUUCGAACGCGCGGACGAAUACAUUCCAGAACGCUGGCUAAGGGGAGAGAACUCUCAUCUGUAUCGCUCACCACUCUCCCAAUACAUCCUUCUGCCAUUUGGCCAUGGUGUACGAAAUUGCCUGGGAAGGCGAUUCGCUGAACAGAAUGUACAAGUUGCUGCUAUCAAGAUUUUACAGAACUUUCGUGUGGAAUGCGAUAUAGAAAAGAUCAACGUUGUUGCUCAGAUUUUCCAGACCACAGAUACACCUCUAACAGUCCGUUUCAUCCCUCGUUCUAAAUCUGAAAAACAAAGAUAACCAAAAUGGCGGAAUAACAAGUCUAUGGCAAUACCGGUAUUUGUGAGGAGGUAGGCUUUAACAAAAAAAAAAAA